CUUGCAAACACUAAUACUCUUUUGUUUGCACGCCAAAGAGAGCGCUGUAGUAAAUAGGCGCGAAUUAAGAGAGCUGAAGGCCAAGAAAGCAUUGUGUCGACUUAGCAAAAUCAUAGAGAGACAAAGAAAAAAUUAAAGAUGGGUUACUGGAAAAGUAAGGUUCUUCCAAAGAUCAAGAAAGUAUUCGAGAAAAAUGGAAACAAGAAGGCCGCCGCCGAGGCCUCCAAGUCCUUUGAUGACUCCAAGGAAGAGAUUAACAAGGAAUUGGAAGAGAAGAAGACGGAGCUCCAGCCCAAGGUUUUGGAGAUAUAUGAAGCAUCCUCAACUGAGAUCAAGGCUUUGGUCAAGGAGCGUCAUGAAGCCGGGGUAAAGAAGAACUCCACUGCUGUCACCACCUUUCUUGAAGAACUUGCAAAGAUUGACUUCCCUGGCUCGAAGCCUGUAAGCGAUGCCGUUUCCAAGUUCGGCCCGGCCUACGUCUCUGCACCCGUAGUCUUCAUUCUUGAGAAGGUCUCCACCUUCCUUCCGCCGGAAGAGAUCUCUGUGGCCAAAGAGGAGAGCGGCGCAGCUGAAAAAGAUGUGGUCAUCGCCGAGGAGGAGAAGGCGGCAGAGGAAUUAUAUGAAAAGAUUGAAGACAAGCAAGUUGAAGAGGAAAAGGCUCCCUCAACGGAGGAGGCGGCGCCGCGGCAGCCUGCCUGAUCGGCAGAGUUGGAGGAGGUUUCUAAAGCCUGAUUUGGUGGAAUAUUUUUACGAGUUACCGCUCAACUUUACAUGCAUGGUUUAUUAUUAUUAUUUUCUUAAAUUAAUGCGUUAUUUUUGUUAGUCACUUCAUGUAUUUAAUUACGUUUGUUUCGUGAAUUAUUGUAUGCAUUUGUUGCUCUCAUAUGUAAUUAUUAUUUAUGAACUUAAAAAGGUUUGUAUUUUUUCUUAUGUAAAAUUAUUUGGAAAAGUUCAGAUUA